AUGACAGCACAUCAAAAUGGCACCAUCUCCUUUGAGAUUUCAGACUUCCUCCUGAAUUGUUUUGUCAGGUCCCCCAGCUGGAAGCUCUGGUUGUCCCUGCCACUCAGCCUCCUCUUUCUCCUGGCCAUGGGAGCCAAUAGUGUUCUCCUGAUCACCAUCUGGCUGGAAGCCUCUCUGCAUGAACCCAUGUAUUACCUGCUCAGUUUCCUGUCACUAUUGGAUAUCGUGCUCUGCCUCACUGUCAUCCCCAAGGUCCUGGCCAUCUUCUGGUUUGACCUCAAGUCCAUAAGCUUCUAUGCCUGCUUCCUCCAGAUGUACAUCAUGAAUUGCUUCCUUGGCAUGGAGUCCUGCACAUUCAUGGUCAUGGCCUAUGACCGCUAUGUAGCCAUCUGCCACCCACUGAGGUAUCCAUCCAUCAUC